AUGAAUAAUCUAGCCACCGUGCUCAGUAAACAAAAUAAGUACACAGAAGCAGAAACACUACACCGAAAUGAGCUGCAGUUAAGCCUAACGGCAUUGAGCAUAACACACCCUGAUACGUGGACCAGCAUGACAAACCUUGCUAUGGUAUUGUUUGAUCAAGGGGAGUUCUUUGAAGCUGAGGAUUUACUUCGGCACGUCCUGGACCUAAAGGAACAGACCUUAGGAAGAGAGGAUGUUUCAACGAUUAAGAGCGUGGUAUGUCUAGCGUGUAUAUUAGAUACACAAAAGAAGGUCGUGCAAGCAGCAAUUCUAUUCGAGAGAGCUCUUGCUUCGUAUAAACGGAUAUUCGGGCUGGAACAUAUAAUUACCGCCACUUGCCAGCAACGCUAUUCCCAAGUA